GUCCCGUCGUCCCGCCGCAAUCGUACCCAGAACUCGACCGCAGAGCGUCGCGCUCGUGCUGCCCGUGUAGAGCAAGAGUCUCUUGAAAUGGAUUUCCGUUGUAAGCGUUGCGAGGAAAAGAAUCUUCGUUGUUUUGUUGAGACGACCUCUAGUCGUUGUGCUGGUUGUAUUUCCGUGGCUGCUAAAUGUAGUUUGUUUGUUUCUAAGCAAGAAUGGGAAGAGGUGCAGCGCGCGCGUCGCGAGAAGGAGUUGGAGAUUGCGCGGGCAGAGGAGCGUCAGGCUCUUGCCAUGGCUAAAACAGCUCGGCUUCGUCGAGAGUUGUUGGAGGUGAAGAAUCGUGAGCAUACUUAUGCGCGUCGCGAUCUUGCCUUGUUGAAUCUCCAGGAUCGCGCAAAAGAGCAGGUCGAGGGGGAUUCUGCCCCUGGUACGGACCUUCUAUCAACCGGACCAUCGCUACCCGGACAGUCGACUGACUUGGGCUGGUUACAGGCUGAUUCUUCUUUCGAUCCUUCUUUUGACUACUUUCUUUCCCUUGAGGACCCGGUCCCUUCUUCUCUGGAUGUUUCUGGUGGUAUUCACGUACCAGUGACUUGCAGUCCUUGACUUCUUCGACGUUAUACUCAUCGUUCUCGAGUUCUACGUUUUCUGCUAGUUUGGCGUCUGGUGGUGCUGGUUCUAAAAGUUUUACGUGGAAUAUGGGGUGAACCUUUAUGCCUGGUGGUAGCCGUAGUUUGUAGUUUACUGGUCCUACCUUCUCUAGGAUUUUGAACGGUCCUAUUCGGAGAUUGUCUAGUUUUUUGCUUGGUCGUUUAGUUUUCAAGUUCUAUCUUAACAGGAAAACUUUAUCC